AUGGAUCCUGGAUAUUUUGAUAUUGAGAGGAAGCAGAACCCGAGGGAGACUGCUAGUUUACUGUCGAAGUUUUGUUUCUGGUACACAAGGCCGAUUUUCGCAAAAGGCAGGAAAGGUCAGCUGAGCAUAUCAGAUGUUUAUAGAUGUACACCGGGCCACAAGGCGGCGCCGCGCGGUGACACUAUGGGCGUACAAUGGAGGAAACAGUUGCAGAAAAAAGAGAAAGGCAAGCAGCCGUCCCUGUUGCGUGCAAUAAUUCGCACUCACGGGACCAAAUUCAUCAUAGGAAAUAUUAUUUACGCCAUACUAGAUGCAUCUAUUAGAUUAUCAAUACCAAUGUGCUUAGAAGGUCUAAUCAAUUACUUCUCUCCGUCCCACGCCGGCGUGAAAGCUAACGAAGCGUAUCUAUACGCUGUCGGCGUAGUCGGUCUAAUGGCGUUGAGCGCUAGUUUAGUGCACCCCAUGUUGCUGUGGCUGCUGGAUAUGGCUAUGAAAGUGCGCGUCGCUUGUGGAUCACUUAUUUAUAGAAAGUUACUCCGCCUAGAUUUAACCAAAGGAGGGAAAGCGUCAGAAGGUUUAGCGGGCCACGUAGUGAACCUUCUGACGACAGACGCGCAAAGGUUCGACAUGGCCAGUCUGUUCAUGGUGGACCUGGUCCGGACCCCGAUAGAGAGCACCUUGAUAGUCUACCUCAUGUACCGGCAGAUUGGGGUCGCUACCCUCAUUGGGGUCGCGUUUCUACUCAUGUUUAUACCUUUACAAGGUUACCUAGGAAAAAUAUCUAGCAAAUUACGUCACCAAACAGCGAUACGGACGGACAAUCGUAUAAGACUGAUGAACGAAGUCAUACAAAGCAUCGAGGCUAUCAAGAUGUACGCGUGGGAGAACGCAUUCGCUAAAAUUAUUGGCAAGGCCAGGAAAAAAGAGAUGAACGUAAUAAAAAAAAUGUCAUGGCUACGAGCCGUGAUGAUAUCCUGCGUCAAAUUAAACACCAAAGUUGCCAUUCUACUAAGCAUAAUGUCUUAUAUAUCGUUCCAAAACGAAUUGACGGCUGCUAAAGUAUUCGUUAUAUUUUCGUACUAUGAAAUCCUGAAGUACACACUUGUCGAUUUCCUCCCGCUCGCAAUCACGUUCACUUUGGAGGCCUAUGUGAGUGUUAAAAGGAUGCAGGAGUUUCUCCUUCUCCCUGAGGUGGACAACCAGGAUGGAGUGGAUUUACUGAACAUCGAAGAGAAGUUGGUACAGUCCAAUGGCGUGUUUGAGAAGAUUGGUAAUGGCCAGCAAGCGUACAUCAAAUCGGAGACGAACCUGGAACAGAUGAAGCCACCGGUGCUGAUAGCCAUGAAGGACUACACGGCGCACUGGAAGAACGUGGACGACGAGGGUGUUGAUGGCAAGAUACCGGCUCUGGAGGACAUUAAUUUAACCAUAAAACCGGACACUCUAACGACGGUGGUGGGCACAGUGGGGUCUGGCAAGUCCACGCUACUGCAGGCGAUGUUGAGGGAACUGACGCCCACCACGGGACAUCUCCACGUCCACGCCAUCGUGGCGUAUGCGUCGCAGGAACCGUGGCUGUUCGAGGCUUCUGUCCGUCAAAACAUCCUCUUCGGUCAGGACAUGGACCUGCGCAGGUACAAGCAGGUGAUCAAGUGCUGCCAACUCAAGACUGACCUGGAGAUACUGCCACAUGGAGACAAGACUGUCGUGGGAGAACGAGGUGCCUCCCUGUCGGGCGGGCAGCGCGCCAGGAUAUCGUUAGCGCGGUGUGUGUACCAGAAUGCUGACGUAUACCUGCUCGACGAUCCACUCGCUGCUGUCGAUGCUAAGGUGGCCCAAGCGAUAUACGAGGAUUGCAUCCGUAAUUUCCUCCGCGACAAGGCGACAGUACUAGUCACACAUCACGUGCAGUACGCGAAACAUGCCCACAAUGUCUGCGUCAUGAGGUCCGGCAGAAUCGUAGCUCAAGGCACAUACCACGAGUUGAAGAAUGGAGUAGCAGAGUUCGAGAAGUUGAUAGAGAUGGGGGAGAAGGUGGAAGAAGAGAAGCAGAAACAGAAGAGUUAUGAGAACACUGAGAGCGUGGAACACAGUUACAACAAGCUCCGUUCUCAAAGGUCUAUGUCUGAAGCGUCGCAGCUGUCUUUCAACCUGGAUCUAGAUAACAACCUAGAUCCGAAAUAUGAAGGUGAAAGUCAAAAGAAAGGUUCAGUAGACAACAGCGUGUACGUGGCUUACAUCCGUAGUGGGGGGAGCACGCUGUCGAUGGCCCUGCUGAUACUACUGUUCCUAUUGGCGCAAUUCUUCUACUCCUCCACCGACGUAUGGCUGAAGGAAUGGGUAAACUUAGAAGAAGCGAAUAGCGCAAUAACCGUAGCUAACGCUGCUAAUGCAACACAAACGACGAACACUACUGGAGAACCGCCUGUAGUGCCGCCGGUAACAAACUUUGAAGAUAUCCCAUCUAACCGGUUCCACCUGACCCGGGAGCAGUGCCUGUACAUCUAUGGCGGACUGAUCGGUAUCUGCAUAGUGUUCACGUGGAACAAACUCGUCAUAUUCUACAACACCUGCAUCAGGGCAUCCGUCGCUCUACACGACAAUAUGUUCAGGGGAGUGACGAGUGCUCCGAUGUGGUUCUUCCACCACAAUCCUUCAGGCCGUAUCCUCAACCGGUUCUCCAAGGACAUGGGGCAGGUCGACACCUUACUGCCCGUCGCACUCGUCGACUGUCUCGGGUUUUUCCUAGAAGUGAUAGCGAUCCUGGUGGUGGUGUGCCUGGUGAACUGGUGGCUCCUGCUGCCGACGGGCGUGGUGGCCGUGCUACUGUUCCUGCUGAGGGACCUGUUCCUCAAUACCAGUCGGGAGCUCAAGAGGAUCGAGGCUAUUGCUCGAAGUCAGUCCCUGAACCACCUUCAAGCGACGGUAUCAGGUCUAACCACCAUCCGCGCCGCCAGACAACACCAGCGCACUCUAGCGAGGGAAUUUGACAAACAACAGGACCUUCAUUCUUCAGCCUGGACCCUAGUCCUGAACACUAAUCGAGCAUUUGGAUUCUGGAUGGAUAUGAUCUGCUGUUUAUAUCUCGCUUUUGUGACCUUCAGCUUCUUUUUGUUCGCGUCUGAAGACACGCUAGGCGGUAACGUGGGUUUGGCGAUAACGCAGGUGAUAGGUCUGGUCGGCAUGUGUCAGUACGGAAUGAGACAGACUGCUGAAGUUGAAAACCAGAUGACUUCUGUUGAAAGAAUACUAGAAUAUACCAACUUGCCUCCUGAAAACCCAGUAGAUGUGGACAAGGACGCACUGAAGAAGGAGCACCCAGAACUUGACUUCGACAAGUGGCCGACGAAAGGUGAAAUAAUAUUCGAGGACGUGUCUCUAGAGUAUGAGAAGCCCCCGGGUGCAGGCGGGGAGCCCGCGUACGCUAUCAGGGGAGUGAACUUCACAGUCAACGCGGCUGAGAAGGUCGCUGUAGUGGGACGGACUGGGGCAGGGAAGAGCUCGCUACUGAGUGCGCUGUUCAGGCUAGCCCGCGUGUCAGGCUCGGUCCGCGUGGACGGCGUGUCGGCUCAGGCCGCUGGGCUGCGCGCGUGGCGCUCCCGCCUGUGUGCGCUGCCGCAGCGCCCUGCACUGUUCGCGGCCGCACUCAGGGACAACCUCGACCCGGAGGGGGUCUAUACUGACGCUGACAUAUAUAGGGCGUUGGAUCAGGUGGAACUAAGAGAAAUGGUAAGCAAGAUGCCAGCCGGCCUGAAUACUAAGGUGGGGGACGGAGGGGGGAACCUCUCCGCGGGACAGAGACAACUCAUCUGUCUCGCUCGCGCCGCCCUCGCAGGGUGCAAGGUUCUAGUACUUGAUGAGGCAACUGCCAAUGUUGAUACUGACACGGACAAGCACAUACAGCGCACGAUCCGCACAAAGUUCGCCCAGUCCACAGUACUCACCAUCGCGCACAGACUCAACACUGUCAUGGACUACGACCGAGUCAUUGUUAUGGACAAAGGUCGUGUGGCGGAGUCGGGGCACCCAUUCGAGUUACUGACGCAGGCCAGUACUCAACGGAAGGAUGACACCGCCGCACUGCCCAGGAACAGGAUACUGUCUAAGAGCCAGUCUUCCCUGUUUGGCCGCCAGGCGCCGCUAGCAAUCCCCGAGAACUUCACGUUCGAGCCGAGUACAGCUCCCAGUACCGACCAGAACGAAACACUCGUGUUGGCUAGAGACAGGAUACGGACUUACUCUGGACGGUCGGAGGUAUCAGAGCCAGAGAGCGGCGGUAUCUUCAAGACGCUGGUGGAACAGACCGGGCAGGAGACUGCCGCCCUACUGUAUAAGAUGGCUGAAGAGCUACAACAAAAUGCUGGAAUCGAAGAAGAAUUCGUGAAUUUACACAACAAUGUACUGGUCUCGAUACAUUCCUGCCUAGUGCCUUAA